CACACACACACACACAUCCUCACUCACACAAACACUGACGAAGGGCUCAGUCCUGCUAUGGCCUCCUCCACCACCACCACGACUACAGAGGAGAACUCUCCAGCCCCAAUGCCUGCAGCCACCCAGCAGCCCGAUUUGGAAACUAGCAUAGAACCCGACUCAGCAGCAAAGCCUGAGCCCAGCAAGGCCCAACCUGACGGAGAGGACAAGGAGGAUGAAGAAGAGGAGGAAGGUGGAGGGAGCUCGGUGCAAGAGGAGAGCGGAACAGUGCAGAGUUUGGACCCGGAGUGGGUGGAGGAGAGGUUCAGGAUUGAUCGUAAGAAGCUGGAGAACAUGUUGUAUGCUCCAAAGAAUGGAGAUGGUGAGACAGGAGAGCAAUUUUUUGAGAGAGUGAUGAGAGAAACCGACACUCAGGUGAAAUGGCCUUCCAAGCUGAAGAUUGGAGCCAAGUCAAAGAAAGAUCCACACGUGAAGGUGGAGGGAAAGAGAGCCAAUGUUUUGGAAGCAAAAAAGAAGAUACUAGAAGUUCUGGAAACCAGGGUAAACAAGGUGACUCUGAAGAUGGAUGUGGCCUACACAGAACACUCCCAUGUGAUUGGAAAAGGUGGAGGAAACAUCAAAAAGGUGAUGGAGGUCACAUCUUGUCACAUCCACUUCCCCGACUCCAAUCGCCACAGUGCUACUGGAGAGAAAGCUUCCCAGGUCUCCAUUGCUGGGCCCAUAGAAGGAGUGGAGGAGGCCAGGAGAAGAAUAAGGGAUCUGCAGCCGCUGUCCCUGACCUUUGACCUCCCUGUCAGUCUGGUGCCCCAGGCUCUGCCAGACACGGGCUCCCCCCUCAUCCAGCAGGUAGUGCAGACUCUGGGGGUCAAUGUGAGCUUCAGGGCUGUGCCACCACAUCCUCAGGCACAACCCUCAUUCUAUGAAAGCUGCUGCAGUGUGUGGGGCCUGCAGGGCAACGCAGCUGCUGUCAAGAAGGCGACCUGCAUCCUGAUGGACCUGCUGCUGGGCUCAGAGGUCACAGGAGGUGUAGUAAACAGUCAGCUGGACGUCACCUCUCAGCAGCACCUCUUCCUGCUGGGACAGAACGGAGCUCACUUUCUGAGUGUCAUGCACCAGACCCAGACCCAGAUCAUCCUACCAGACCUCAGUGCCCCUCAGAGUCCCCCCUCACUGCUCAUCCAGGGCAGCCCUGACGGCGUGUGUCUGGCUCGGCAGCAGCUCAUGGACUGUCUGCCUGUAUGUUUGAUGUUUGACAUGCGUGAAGAUGGGGAGGCUGACCCUUGUAAAGUGGCUCAGAUGAUGCAAAACCUGGGAGUCUUCAUUAGUGUCAAACCCAAAGUAAAACAGACCAGCAAGUCAGUGGUUGUAAAAGGUCUGGAGAGAAACAUAUCUUCUCUUUAUGAGGCUCGCCGUUUGCUCCUUGGGUUGGAUUCCUGUGAGACCUCCAAGGUAACUGAGAUUAACCCUGACCCCACAUUGGCGGGCAGCGGGCUGACCAGCUAUUGGCUCAACAUGUUGCUGCAGCAGCUUCGUCUCUCUGAGCAGGGCUCUCUGUCUGCGCCCUCUACAGAGGUGCUGACUGGCACUAAGUCCCGCCCCUCACCCCCACCAGGCCUCACUCCUCCUGUUGAUGAGGGGAGGACAUUACUUAAGGGAAACGACAGCCGGCCGCUUGAGAAGAUCCUUGAAAAUGAGGACCUGUCUGGCCAAUCAGAGGACGAGAGCCCUAAGGUCAAUGAUAUGUCAUCAUCUGAGGUGUGUGAUGCAGUCAGCAUUAUCAGCAGGGUGGGACUGAUGGGUCGGAGGGGAAGUCUCCAGGGUCCUGAAAUCACUAAGGUUUUCGUCCAGGGCAGACGCCAUUCAACAGGACAGGCGCUAACAUAUAGAUUGUUGAAUGCAGACAUAGAGGGAGGGAGGAGCGAGCGGAGGAACAGCCUGAGGAGAGAUGUGACACUGGCUCAGGAUGUAACCGCUGACUCAUCCAAGGCUGAUGAUUAUGACUAUGAGAAGAAGAAACUGCUGGCAAACCGAGCCAUGCAGAGGAAGCCUGUGGUCACAGAGGUCCAGACGCCCACAGACACCUGGAGUGGUCUUGGUUUCUCCAAGUCCAUGCCAGCCGAGGCCGUCAAAGAGCUACGCAACAUUAGCCGACGAAGCUACAAGCCUUACCUGAGCACCAUCAACAGCCAGCAACAGACAUGGGCAUCUCAGAUGGGAAAGGUAUGUAACGGCAGCAGCUCUGACAACUGGAGGGACCGACGUGGAUCCACACCUUCAUCUCUGCCUGUGUCUUCCUCUUCCUCCUCUGCUUCAUCCUCCCCCUCCUCACCCCCAUCGACUUUCUCCUCGAUCUCCUCCUCUUUUCCUGCAUUUGCAUCCUCGAUGAAUCGAAGCAGAAAUGACAAAGCCUCUGAGAGCUUCUCAAAUGGCUACUUUGAAGGUGGAUGCUCAUCUCGGAGGGCAUCCACCUGCAGUCAGCGAAGCCCCUCCCCCCAGAUGAUAGACGAGCUGCCUGAGCUGCUCAGCCAAAUUGGCCUGAUCAAAUACAUUGAUGUGUUUGAACAACAAGAGAUUGACUACCAGACAUUCCUCACACUGUCUGAAGAAGACCUGAAGGAAGUGGGCGUCUCCACGUUUGGAGCCAGACGCAAGAUGUUGUUGGCGAUCUCAGACCUAACCAGGAGCAAGAGGAGGCUCUCAGACACACCCGCGGUGAAGCCUGGCUACCUGGAGGGCGGUGCUAGUGGUCGACUACCCCGAAUCGUGGAUCUAGAAGAUGCUGCUCAGAGUAAUCGUUGGUGAGAGGAUACACCAACCACCUCUGAGCUCCAUCUGCGCGAUGUGGAGCUACUCAGCCUCUGAAGGUGCAAAGCAGAGACUGAAUCUGCUUUAUAACAUUACAUUGAUGAGCUAGCAGUUUCCAUGAAGAGCAGCAAAGAUGAGGUGAACAACUGAAUCCAAUGCCUUCAAUCUACAGCCAUACCCCGGAAGUUGUAAUAUAAAGUCAUGACAAGGAGGUCUUUUCCUUCCAAACUUCUGAUUCUACAAGAAAUGACCUGUUUGAAACAAAACAAAGACAGGACCACAACGAUCCUUUGUGGUGUCCUUUUACAUCAGGAAGUGCUUAACUUUAGGAAACUAUCGCUCCUAUACUUUGACAAGUGUUUCAAUUCUUUCACCAUGACAUUUAUGCAAUUGUACAUAAAGAUAUACAAAAUUAAAUGGCUUUGUAUUAUGGUGGAGAUGAUGAAUAAAAUGGUUUCUUCAA